AUGGCUCCAGGUAGUGGGCGUGAUUUCAACUGCUCGUGGGAGCACUGCGGAAAGUCUUUCAAUCGCAAGUCGGAUCUAUGUCGGCACUACCGAAUACACACCAAUGAGCGACCCUACCACUGCACGGUCAAGGACUGCAACAAGAGUUUUAUCCAGCGCAGCGCCUUGACCGUCCAUUCGCGAACACACACGGGCGAAAAACCCCAUGUGUGUGACCACGAAGGUUGCCACAAGGCAUUCUCCGAUUCCUCCAGUCUAGCCCGUCACCGACGGAUUCACACGGGGAAGCGGCCUUACAUCUGCCAGGAGCCCGCGUGCGAACGAAGCUUCUGUCGCAAAACCACCUUGACGAAACACCAACACCGCUCCCACCCGCCGGGCACCAUCACCCGACCCUCCUCCGAGGACGCGACGUCGGAGAAUUCCUACCACCCUCCCACGACGGUCUCCAUCCCCAACGAUCAAUAUCUCCUUGCCCAACAACCCUACUAUCCUCAUACCUCAACCCCCAACCACGAGUAUUAUCGCCAGCAGAACGUGCCCAUGACGCCCGUUGCGGUACACGAGCCCCCGAUCGUGACCCAGAAUGUACCGGUCACGUCGCCGGUAGACGUCCACACCCAGCAACAAUACAUGCUCAUGCAGCAGCGAUACGAUCAAACCCGUCCGGAAUUUGUGCCGUCGGACUAUCAGCAACCCUUCCAGGGGAUUCCCAUGGUUGACGGCCAUCCCCUCAUGCCCUCCUACCAGCCUGGGUUCCAGUACAAAUCACAAACGCGGAUUCUGAACCAGCCCGAAGGAACCGACUGGGGAUUUCUCGGGGUAGGAUAA